GACGCCUAGGACGCCCUGGGAGCCAUGGGCGAGCUCCUGUUUUUCAGGGCGCACACGGCCUUGCACCCGGACCACCUGUGGAUCUGGGAAAGGUCCGUGUACGUGGACGAGAACCAGCGUACCUGGCUGCCCAUAAUCAUCGAGAUGGAGAGUAGCCUCCAAGUACUCAUGCGGCAGGAAGAUGUGCUCCUGGGGGAGGCUGUGUGCCCCGGCCUGUUAGCCCCCGGCCUGCUGCCCUCCAUGUGGCAGCGCUACCCUGGAAGACGAUACCGAGGCUCAGACUCCAGUUUCUGGCGCAUCGUGUACCACAUCGAGUUCAGUGGCACGGAGGAGAUGCUCCUUGAGCAGCUGCCGGACCCGGAGUAUGAGUGA